GCCGCUGGUCACGUGGCCUCAGCAUUGAACAGACAUGCGGGGAAGGAGACGGCUGAUGAGAUGAGAAGUGUUUCAGCCACAGACUGAAUAUAAAGUCUCAGCAGGACAUGAAGGCGGAAUGAUACACCGGAGAUGAACUAGUUCCAGGUGGAGGUGUCAAAGGAAGCCGGUGGACAUGGCUGCUGGAGUCUUACUCAUCAUCGCCUGUUUAUCUGUCUCUGCAAACCUGGCCUCUGGCGAAAGAUCCUUCUCUAUAGACUACAAAAACAACUGCUUCCUCAAAGAUGGGAAACCGUUCCAGUACAUCUCAGGCAGCAUCCACUACUCCAGAAUCCCACAACAGUACUGGAAGGACCGGCUUGUAAAGAUGUACAUGACCGGUCUCAAUGCCAUCCAAGUAUACGUGCCCUGGAACUUCCAUGAAACUGCUCAGGGGGUCUACAACUUCAACGGCGACAGAGACUUGGAGCAUUUUUUGGAUCUGGCCAAGCAGACAGGUCUCCUGGUCAUCCUGCGUCCGGGACCGUACAUCUGUGCAGAAUGGGAAAUGGGUGGAUUGCCUGCAUGGCUCCUUCAGAAACCAAACAUCAUCCUCCGCUCUGCUGACACAGAUUACCUGCAGGCAGUCAGUAACUGGCUCGCUGUUCUCCUCCCCAAAAUGAAGCCUUGGCUCUACAUCAAUGGUGGGAACAUCAUCAGUGUCCAGGUGGAGAAUGAAUAUGGAAGCUACUUCGCCUGUGACUACAACUACAUGCGUCACUUGCGGACUCUGUUUCGCUUCUUUGUCGGCGAAGACACGGUGCUGUUCACCACCGACGGAAACACGGACAAGGAAAUGAUGUGCGGGUCUCUGGAGGGAUUAUAUGCCACGGUGGACUUCGGCACAGACACCAACAUCACUGAAGCCUUCAGCCGACAAAGACGGUUUGAACCUCGGGGCCCUCUGGUGAACUCGGAGUUCUACACCGGCUGGUUGGAUCACUGGGGAGAUCAGCAUUCCGUGGUUGAUGUUCAGAAGGUCAGCAGAGUGCUAGAAGAAAUGCUAACCAUGGGCGCCAACGUUAACAUGUACAUGUUUGAGGGAGGCACUAACUUUGGCUACUGGAAUGGUGCCGAUCAUGACACCAGGUUCCGCUCAGUGGCGACAAGCUAUGAUUACGACGCCCCACUGUCUGAGGCAGGGGACCCCACAGAGAAGCUGUUGGCCAUCAGAGACGUCAUUAAGAAGUUUAGAGAGAUUCCUGUCGGACCCAUGCCACCAGAAACUCCCAAGUUUGCCUACGGCUUUGUGACCAUGAGAAAGGUCGGCAACAUCAGUGCUGUGCUGAACACCCUCUCGCCUCUGGGCCCAGUGAAAUCUCAGUAUCCUCUGACAUUUGAGGCGAUGAAACAGUACUAUGGAUUCGUGCUGUAUCGGACCACGCUGCCCCGGGACCUCUCGGUGCCCACGCCACUUAUCUCUCCACUGAAUGGGGUUCAUGACCGUGCAUAUGUGUCCGUCAAUGGGGUUUAUCAGGGCCUGCUGGAGAGAGACACGGUGCUGGUGAUGAACAUCACUGGACAGCAGGGGGAGACAGUGGACAUACUAGUGGAGAACAUGGGCAGAGUUAACUUCGGCAGCAAAAUCAAUGACUACAAGGGCCUCUUGAGCAAUCUGAUCCUGGGCAAAGACGUACUGACUGACUGGAUGAUCUACACUCUGGACAUUGAUGGAGCCAUCAGUGGUGGAUGGCCUCAUUCAGACAAACAGUCCUUCCCCGACUCUCAGAGGGAACCUUCAGCUGGACCUGCCUUCUACGUGGGGACAUUACAGCCCAACGGUAUGGCAUGGGACACCUUCAUCAAGCUCAAUGGAUGGACAAAGGGUCAGAUUUGGAUCAAUGGUGUGAACCUGGGGCGAUACUGGCCAGCCAGGGGUCCUCAACAGACUCUUUACGUCCCAGGACCCUUGUUGAGCACCACACUACCCAACAACAUCACAGUGCUGGAGCUGGAGGGGGCGCCAGCGCACCUUCGAGUUUACUUUAUGGAUCGGCCUCAGCUCAAUUUCACCGCUUAACAAUCUGAACAGAGUGAACUGAAAUCUGUAGCACAACAUAAACUAUUCAAAUCGUUCUGUACUACAAAAGGACCAUGGUUUUGUCUUUUGGUUUUAAUAUUUACUGUGAAAAAGAGAAGAUUGAUCAAUAAAUUGUAUUAUACUUUUUA